AUGUUUGAAUCAACUAAAGCAUCGACUACUGAGGUACAAACUAUAACAUCAAGGAAAAGGAAAAAGACAAAUGCACAAAGAUGUAGAGAAUAUCGUGAGAGAAAGAAAUUACAAAAUACAAUGAUACAAAACAUAACUGCAGAGAGAUCAGAUGAAUGUAGUGAGACUGAUCAAUUACCAGCCAAAAAACCUAAAACUGAUGCAGAAAGAAGAAAUAAAUAUUAUGAAGCGCAGAAAUUGAAGAAACAAAAAAGUAAAAAAAUACCUAAAACUGAUAAACAGAGAAAUAAAGGAUGUUACGAUAGGAAAAAGAAAUUUCAGGCUUUAAACACUUUAAAUCAACAUUCAGAUGUAGUCAAUGACUUGCAAAAUUUCAUACAUUUACAUCUUCGAGACGUACAUUUCACACCAUUAAUUCAAGUUGAAGAAAUGAAUAUUAAUAAUAUAGCAGAAAAUCAACGUACAGAAAAAAUAGCUUCCCUAACAUCCUCCGAUGAUAAACUUAGUGGAGAUGAUAACGAUGAACAUGAUGCUGAUAUUGCUACUUUCAACGUAGGAAUGAACGACAUUAAUGAUACAGUUCCAAAAUAUACAAAAUAUUAUGAAGAAAUCCAUGGUCAUCUGCAAUUUUAUAAUAUAUUCAAAAAAAAAUCUUUUGGUCAUUCUUGUGCUGUUUGCGAUAGACUUUGGUGGAAAAAUGACUUAAAAAGUACUACUGGCGUACAUGAUGAUAUUCUACAAUUGAUAUUGCUGAAUUACGUACGUGGUACUACUGUUCAAGUAUGCUCUACGUGUAAGAAGGCUAUGGAUAAAGGAAAAAUUCCACUACAUUUGCCAAAAUUUAAUCUUAUUGAGCAGCGACUUGUAUCACCGAGAAUUCCCUUCAUGCAAAUAAGGAGACUUAGACAUGUUAACGGUCAAUAUGGCAUUAACGGACAAAUUAUUAAUGUUCCUGUAGAAGUUAAUACAAUGGUGAACCAAUUGCCAAGACAUAUUGAAGAUGAUCACUGUUUUUAUGUCCACAUUAAGAAGAAAUUAAUCCACAAAACUAGUUAUGUUCAUGGACUUAUUAAUAAAGGACACAUUAAACAAUGGUUAGAUUAUCUAGUAACAACUCCACUUUAUAUUCAUGAAAAUAUAACAAUAAACGAAGCAAAUCUAAAUUCUUAUCAAAUUGAUGCAGAAAUAGAAAUGGAUAAUAUUAGUGAACAUGUUCAAAUGGAAGAUAAUGUCACAGCUCAACAACAAACUCUUAUGUGGGACGAGAAUAAAAUGUUGCACAUGGCACCAGGCGAAAAAAGCGUUCCACGUAGUAUUUUGUUUGAUAAAUAUGCCGAAGAGCUUUCAUUUCCAACUAUUUACGGUGGAAAAUUUCGAACGUAUAAAGAUGGAUGCAAUGUUACUUCAUUUAUGCAAGCUACCGGUGAACUUAGGAGUACAGAUCGCCGUGCUACUGACCCAUAA